AGGCAGGCGGGCGGAAAAGUGUGGAGGAGGACUGGCCACAAGUGCUUCUUGACGAGACUUCGGCGGGCCAGUCUGGGAUGGGCAACGUCGCUCUGUCGCUGCUUGAUGGAGACAAACUGAUGGGGGAGAGGUAUGCCCGGAGGGGGAGAGAACCAAGCAGCAGCGGCCAUCGGAGUCUGCCGCCAGCCUGAGGAUUGAAAAGGAAUGCAUGCCCAAAGAAAUGUGUUUAAUUGGGUAGCGGCUGAAACUGAAUCCCAGCAAAAAAAAAAGAAAAGGCUAGAGUAUGGUAGUUUGCUUCAAUUGCCCAAGAGCACCUUUGUGUGUCAUGCUACUGCUUGACAACGAGAUUGUAAUUGGCAGCAUUUGCUGAAGCAUGGCCAUAUGAAUGGUAAACCGUGGCUUGUUCAAGGGAGUCUCCAAUGGCAUGUGUGGAGCUUCUGUACCUCGCCAAAGAGGGCGGUCAGGCAGAUCAGUGUCACAAUGUGGACUGGAGAGGGCAUGUUCCCCACUGUCAGGGACAGCCCAGUGAAAGUGUGGGGAUGACUCCAGUGCUCACCGUGACUGCCGAGUGCUGUGAGAGGCACUGCAAAGCUGUCCAAAAGGCAGCCAUGGCAGAUACUGCUGAGGCUCCUCUUUCCUUCACUGCUGCAUUCUGGCUGUCCCCAGAAUGUACAGCUACAGAUGAGGUCAGCUGCCACCCAGGCCUUCCCAAAGAAGAAAAGGAGGCAACCCAAAAGAGAGCUUGCUGCUGUGAAUCGGAGACGUCAUUCACUUGCGUGGAUGAAAAUGUCAACAAUCUAGAAUACCCAGGAAGUCUUGCCCAUAGGAGCUGUUGCCAAGCCCAGGAUCUCCUUCAUGAACCUGACCCUUGUGGAGAGAUGCCCCUCGAAUGGCCCUACGAUCCACCCUCUUUGGCUUCCGAGGAAGAUGAUGCUGGUUCGGAAGCUGCCGGGGGGAAGUCUGUAGACUAUGGCUUCAUCAGUGCCAUCUUCUUCCUGGUCAGUGGGAUUUUGCUAGUGAUCAUUUCCUACGUGGUCCCCAGAGAUGUGACUGUGGAUCGCAGCACGGUGGCGGCAAGGGAGAUGGAGCGGCUGGAGAAUGAGAGUGCAAAGAUUGGGGCUCACUUGGAUCGGUGUGUGAUUGCCGGGCUCUGCCUUUUAACAUUGGGGGGCGUAGUGUUAUCCAGUUUGCUCAUGAUGUCUAUGUGGAAAGGUGAGCUCUACAGGAGAAACAGAUUUGCAGCCUCCAAGGAAUCAGCCAAGCUCUACGGCUCCUUUAAUUUCCGAGUGAAGUCCUCCACAAAUGAUAAUAUGGAGUUAUCAUUAGUUGAGGAGGAUGCGCUUGCCAUAGAUAGUUAGGUUGCCCUUGGUGCUCUGAGGCAGCAAAGGAUGAAGAAAAUAAUUGUCAUUACAUGAAACCAACCAAAGCUUAAAAUAGCUAGCAUCGCCUGGCAAGGAGCAUCUUUUCCUAGCACGUUGAAAAUGGUACGUUUGCAUUCUAUAGACAUUUUAUUCUUGGGCGAAAGGACAAAGAGAUGAUAUUCAAAAUACUGUAUACUCUCCAGUUGGAAUUUGGACUGGUUGAGAAUGGCUCUCUCAGUAUUUGUGGAAACUUUCCUAUAGCUGAAAUCCUAAGCACAUGCACAUGGAAGCCAGUUCCACUGCAUCCUUGUUGUUUAGAGCUAGUGAAUGCAUGUGCGUUCACAUAGUCAGCUUCAGUGUUGAAAGGCCAGGUGUGCAUUUCUGGCACUGGACUCAAGAACAGUAGUGGUCUGGUCACCAUUAGCUGACACCCCAGCAGAGGUUUGGAACUUUCAUUUUGAUUUUCUACAAUGUCUAUUUGUAAGUGUGACUCCAGGGCAUUGUGGAAAAUUAAAAUGACAGAUCCUGGUUCCCUAUGGGGGCCUGCCAUUUUAAUGUCCCACAAUAUCCCCAAAGUAACAUUAUAUCAAAGGCACUACAGAAAAUUAAAAAGGUGGUGUAAUGCUGUUAAAAAUGAUUUUUUAAAAGGGAGAAGGUGUCAGCGGUGGGCACGGCUGGGUGUUAACCAGGGCUGUGGAAUCGGAGUCGUGGAGUUGGGAGCAAUUUUGGGUGGAGUCGGAGUUGGUAGAAAUGUACCGAUUCCGACUCCAACUCCUUCAUA